AUGAAUCGGGACUACAGUCAGCAGGAUCUGGAGAACUUAAAAGCUUCGCGGUUGAACGUCCAGCGCCUCGCGAGCAGCGACGUUGCUGCAGAGUACAGUCGGAAGCUUGACGAGCGGAUCAACGAGGACGCGCCUACGGGUAACCUGGACGAGCAAUGGGGAGCCCUCCAGAGCAUCGUCAACACAACGGCUACCGAAGUGAUCGGCACGACCAGAGGACGCAAACCCAAAGGGUGGUUCGAUGCGGAGUGCCAGCGAGUGACGGACGAGAAGAACGAGGCCAGGAAGCGUAUGCUCGUUAAGGAACGGGAGUACGACGAAACGGUACUUGCCGAAGCGGAAGCACAGUACAACGCGAACGAUAAGCGGAGGUUUUACGCAACUGUCAACGGUGUAAGAAGGAAAACCACGCCUUCCCCUGUGAUGUGCAACGACACGGAAGGCAACCUGUUGACAGACAAGACUGCGGUGGCGGCUAGGUGGAAGGAGCACUUCCAGCAGCUGUUGAACGGUGAGGCACGAGAGGGAAUCGUCGAGGACAGGAUACACGUUGAGGAAGAUGGAAAAGCUGUGGACCCGCCUACGUUGGAGGAAGUAGCUAAGGCUGUUAAAGAGCUCAAGAACGGGAAAUCCGCGGGAAAGGACGGACUUCCGGCCAAACUUUUCAAGCACGGGAGUACGCGGAUGACCGAGAUUCUGCACCAAAUCAUCCUACGCAUUUGGUGCGAAGAACAGCUUCCGACCGCCUGGUUAGACGGGCUCGUCACCCCAAUCUACAAGAAAGGGCAAAGACUCGAUUGUGCCAACUAUCGAGGCAUCACAAUCCUCAACGCAGCGUACAAAGUACUCUCCCGCAUCCUGUGGAGCAAGCUGAGACCGAUGACCGAGGCCUUUGUCGGCGAAUACCAGUGCGGUUUUCGAGCGGGUCGGUCAACGACGGAUCAGAUGUUCACUCUGCGACAAAUCCUCGACAAGUUCCGGGAGUACAACCUGCAAACACACCAUUUGUUCAUCGACUUCAAAGCGGCGUACGAUUCGGUCAAAAAAAACGAACUUUGGAAGAUUAUGGUAGAACACGGCUUUCCGGCGAAGCUUAUAAGACUGAUUCGUGCAACGCUCGACGGAGCAAAAUCAAGCGUGCGAAUAGCCAACGAGACAUCUGAAGCUUUCGUUACGUUGGAUGGAUUGAAGCAGGGCGAUGCUCUCUCGAACUUACUGUUCAUCAUAGCGUUGGAGGGUGCUGCGCGAAGGGCAGGCGUGCAAAGAAACGGAACACUCAUCACUAAAUCGCACAUGCUGCUUGGAUACGCUGACGACAUCGACAUCAUUGGUAUCGACCGUCGUUCAGUGGAGGAGGCGUUCGUCCCUUUCAAGCGGGAAGCUGCGAAGAUCGGACUGACCAUUAACACUGCCAAGACCAAGUAUCUGGUUGCUGGCAGAGCGCGUGGCAGUGCAGGUGAUGGUGUUUCGGAGGUGGAAAUAGAUGGAGAAAGAUAUGAGGUGGUGGAUGAAUUUGUAUAUCUUGGUACACUCGUGACGUGCGACAACGAUGUGAGCUGCGAAGUGAAACGGCGGAUUAGUGCUGCAAACAGGGCCUUCUACGGUCUUCGUAGCCAGCUAAGGUCCCGCAGCCUAAGGACGCCUACGAAAAUCACGCUGUACAGGACCUUGAUACUCCCUGUAGCUCUUUACGGUCACGAGUCGUGGACGCUAAAGGAGGCUGACCAGAGAGCACUUGGGGUCUUCGAGCGGAGAAUCCUGCGUUCUAUCUUCGGCGGCAAGCAAGUAGGAGACCGGUGGCGCAGGCGCAUGAAUUUCGAGCUGUACCAAGACUACAAACAUGCUGAUAUCGUAAAAGUCAUCAAGCACGACAGGCUGAAGUGGGCUGGACAUGUAGCCAGAAUGUCGGACGAGCGGGCGGCUAAAACGAUAUUCAGUAGCGAACCUGGACGGGGUCGUCGGCUUCGUGGAAGGCCUCGUACGCGUUGGCUGUGUGCAGUCGACGAAGAUGCAAGAGCGGCCAACAUUGUGGGCGACUGGAGACGAGCGGCCCAAGAUCGAGCAUCCUGGAAAUCUACGAUUAGUUCAGCGUUGGGUCGAUAG